UUGCUGUUGAGCCAAAUAAAUAGAAUGUAUCAACAAAACUUAAUAACAAUUUGGAAGCAACAGUCCAGUACAUCGAUCGCCUCGAAGGAUGCACUGAUCUUCAAUACAUUGCGAGGUUUCAAAAUAACGCCUUCGUACAAAUGAUAGCUGGCUUACAUAUGGGCACGGCAAACUAACUACUUGAGCAACGUUUUACAAGUAAAGUAAUGAAACAAUUGAAACUAAGCAUGGAGCAAGAACAGUCAAAAAAGAAAGAAGAAUUCGAGACUGAAGAAGAGACAUGUACGUCACUGACAAAAGACUUCUGUGGAUAUACGUCCGCGCAUGGCCUGGAGAGAGUAAUGUCUGCAAAAGAGUGGAUACGAAAAGCUUUCUGGAGUUUACUCUUUAUUGGAGCAGUCGUCGUGCUCGGGUUUCAGGUAUACACGCUGUUCAAGAAAUAUCAGCGUCGACCACUUAACACCCUUAUUACUUUGAAAUCUGACACGAGUCUGCCGUUUCCAGCUGUGACACUGUGCAACUUCAAUGCCAUCAGAUAUGAGGCGCUUCUUAACAGUAACUUCACGGAUCUGAUAGAUACGAUUAAAAAACAAAAUUCAUCAUCGAACUCCACAUCCUCAAGAAAACGUCGUUCAAGCGAUGAUAAUGAUGGAGGUUUGCAAACUACCUAUGCCCCGACCCCUACUGAUUACCCCAAUGAUUACCCUACCACUGAUGAUUAUGGAGACGACUCAUGGUGGGAUGAUGACGAUUUUGACUUUUGGGGAGAUGACGAUGCGGAUGACCCGGACUAUCUUGACCCAGAAUUCUUUGCCAGUGAGAAAGUAUCCCUUUUGUUGGCAAAACAAGACGAAAGUUUUCUCUCAUCUUUAGGACAUCAGUUUGAAGACAUGGUGCUGUCUUGUACUUACCGAGGCAUUUCAUGCAGCAACUUUACAGAAAAAUUCUGGAGCAAGUUUUGGCACUACAAGUAUGGCAAUUGUUACGUAUUUAAUAUGGGUUUAACAAGUUCUGGAUCAAAAAGUUCCAUUUUGAAGUCAAACAAAGCUGGUCCCUCGCAUGGGUUGAACCUUGAGAUAAACAUUGAACAAGAUGACUACCUCGAUCACCUUACCCCAGAAGCGGGUAUAAAGCUUGAUAUUUCAAGCCAAGGAUAUAUGCCAUUUCCUUUGGAAAAAGGCUUAAGCCUGCCUGUAGGCUUCGCCUCGACAAUAGGUCUCAGAAAGGUCAAUUUAAAACGAGAUGAUCCAUUCAAUAACCACCGAUGUCACGAAAACACUGGUCCAGACAAAUCCAACUUGUACACCAAAAUAUUCAAUGUCAAUUAUUCGUCUACGGCCUGUAAGGAGUCUUGUCUCGCCAAACAUCAGUUUUCACAGUGUGGCUGUAUGGAGUACAGAUUUCCUCUGGAUAAAGAGCCCGUUUGUAACAUAACAAAGAAAACUGUCAUUAGCUGUCUCAACAAGCUGCAAAAGAUGUAUAGAAACAACGAGCUAAACUGCAGUAGCUCCUGUCCACCACCCUGCAGGCAAGAAGAAUUUAAAGUAAGCACUUCGUAUGCAGUCUGGCCAUCGGAAAGAUACGAGGAUUACUACCAAGCUGAACUGGAAAAGCGCGGGAAAUUUGUUUGGGCAGAUGUUGGUUCUUAUCGGAAAAAUGUUUUAAAAGUCCAAGUUUUCUAUGAGGAACUUAACGUCGAACUGAUAACAGAAGAAAGAUCAUAUGAACUCGCAGAUUUCGCUUCAGACAUUGGUGGUCAGUUAGGCUUAUGGAUUGGCUUCUCUGUGCUAACAAUAGCUGAGUUCUUGGAGUUUUUCGCGUUACUGUGUUUUCUUGUUGUCAAAAAGUGCUCAUCUGGGAACAAAGUCUCUUCAAUCAAAAUGGAAAUGAAGGCGACAGACUCCUAUACCAACCACGCCAUGAACACGCGAUAAAAGAUAGAAUAACUGCCUUUUUAGCCAUCCAACGAUUAGUAAUUUUACGACAGGUCCUGAGAUAACUGUGAACAUUCGCUUAAGAUUUUACUCAGGGUACUAGGAAGCUAGAGUUCUCACGGCUUGUAAUGGUAGAAAAACCGAAAUCUGUAUCGAAUGUGGGUUUAGGUGAUCAUUUUAUAACAGCUAGAAGAAAAUUGUCGAACUAUAUUUCUUGUACAUGAAACGCAAAAUAUGUAUAUAAGCCCAUUUACACGUCAUAAAGAAUCGGCACGACACAUUAAAUUCUCGGCAUCGUGCGCAAACCAUUUCGGUACGGCAGUAAUCUUUAGUAAUCUCGUUUGAUAAAGUCCCUUCAGCCACCUUUUAUCGUAAAACCUGUGAAUGCGUCAUCCCUGGAAUACAACUGGACCCGCACCGGAAAGCGUUAACACGAACGUUGCUUUUGGCAGUGUACCUCGAUUACCCUAGCCGACACUACCUUCUGCUUAUGAAGGUAAUGCAAAAGGUGGCUUUUACACAGACGGAAGCACUCGUCAGCCACUUACGGGCGAAAGAAAUCGACAUCUAAAAGAAACUGAUGGCCUGAAGAGAGAGGGACAAGAAAAUUAAAGCCUUUUUAAGGUGAUGGUGCAAAUGGUUUGUCAGAAUUCCCGUAGACUGCAAAACAGUCGUAUUUUUUGCGAACGCGAGCGACGGUCAAUAUUCGAACGAAAGGUCUGGAGCGAAUGUAAAAACGGCGAGGGAGAAUGGGGAGAGACGCUAAAAAAUAAUACUGUCCGCCAUGCAUAUGUUAAAUUCGUUCAGAAUUUCCCGUUCUUCCAGCAACGGGAAAUUCCCAUUGGUUUAAUUCU